GAAACAUAUCGCCAGACCGAAUAUAUAUUAGAUUGUUCUGUCUGUAUGCGAGCAAAUUGACAUAAGCAAAAUUUGAUCUAGGGUUUACUUACAUCGAACAUGAAUCCCAGUGCCAGCAUGAUUGAUACGGUUGAUCGCGAGCUCGAUGUUACGCAACACAUGGAGGCUUCCAUGUCGGAUUGCAUUAAGCUUCCGACCAAACGCAAGGCCGAGACGUCUCUGGUGGCGGAUCCUGUCGAAGGCGAAGGAAUCCGACAAGAUGAGGAAAAAGACAGCGCAGAAAGCGACCAGGUUUGGGAUGUCGACAGUUUCGAUUCAGACUACGAGUCGCCUUCGGAGGAGGCAACGGACUCGGACGAAUUCGAGCUGCGUCGUUAUAUGCGCCAUCUCUACGAGAGCCGGGGUUUCUUGUUGGAUAAAGGGAUGGUUCCUAGGAAUCUGCUUCAAGGGUGGCGCUGUUUGAAUCUGGACGCCAUUUUUAAAAAGCCCAAUAUCACGGGGCGUGAGUACAUGGAGACUAUGGCUCAAGUGGCGAUUGACAAAUACAACCAAACAAAGAAUAAGACAGUGACGCUUGACCAUAUCGUGAGGGUGGUGAUAAUGAUGAUCGCUGGAGUCAAAGCUUAUAUUACUUUCAUGGCUAGGGAGACUCCUGAUGGAGAGCUUGUCGAGUAUCAAGCUAAGGCUGAGAUUAAGGUGUGGCAGACUAAGAUUCAUCCCAUCCUUUGCAGACCCACCUCCUCCUCCUCCUCCUAAAGACUGUUGUGUUUUCUUGAGCUUUGCUUCCCUCCCAAGGAAAGUUUUAAAAGCUUCUAAUUUUUUUUUUUUUAAAAAGCUUCUAAUUAUGUUGGAAACUUAUACACGUAAUCGAGUUUGUGUAAUGGAGUUAAGCUAUUUUUAAAAGCUGUAUGACCUUAAAUUAUACUCCGGUUCUAAAUUGUGUUAAUGGGGGCUUAGUCUCAUGUUA